UCGGCGCCCUCGCUCAGGGACACGAGUCACCGCGUGCGAAACCCGCGUCCGAUUCCCCCGAUCACGAGCCGCGUCGGUCGCCGGUCGCAGUUUCCGACGACGGAGCGGGAAAGGAGGCGUCGGUGAAUUCGAACGUGCCGCCGGCAACUUCGGCGGGCAUCGCGAAGGCGUCCCCGGAGAAAUUAAAUCCGAGUGCGUUCACGGAUGGCAUGGUGAGUCAUCAUCCCGACGACGCGGCCGUGCAGCCGGGCCACCUAGGCCAGCCACCUGGCAGGGCAGGUGAUAAAGGCGAGUUUGCGUGCGUUCGAGGGAAGGACGAUAAGCCGGCGCUGGGUCACUGCUACGUAAAACCGAAGAGCGCUGCGCAGCUGAUGUCUCCCGAAGCUGUAAACUCAGCCGACGCAGCUCUCGCGACAACAGAUGCGCCGUUGGAACGUGCGAGUACAGCAGAAAACAUAUCAUCUCGAUCUGUGAAUACGUCGUUGGAUGCGGCCUCCGAGCCCAUGAAUGGGAGCGCGGAGACGACGUCAGGUUCUGUGAGUAGAACAUCAGAUGUGAAUUCAGAACCUGUUGAUAGAACUGCAGGAGUGUCGUCAGAAGCUGUGAAUACAGCAGCAGAGAUGACAUCACAAUCUGUGGAUACAGCGGAGGUUUUGUCGGAAUCUGUGAAUCUUACAGCAGAUGUUUCAACAAUGCCCGUGAAUGCCACGGCAGCCCUGUCAUCAAAUCCUGUUGAGCUAACAUCAGAGGUGCAAUCACGGUCUGUGGAUACAGCAGUGGAGAUUUCACCAAAGUCUUUGAAUACGACAGCAGAGAUUACAGCAGAACCUGUGGAUACGUCCGAAAACGUGUCGUCAGAAACUGUGAAUACAACGACAGAAGAUAUGUCAUCAGAACCACCGAAUACAGCAGCAGAUAUAUCUUCAGAUCCUCUGAAUACAACAGCAGAUAUGUGCUCAAAACCAUUGAAUACAAAAGAUAUGUACUCAGAACUAUUGGAUUCAAAAAUAGAUAUGUACUUAGAACCAUCGGAUACAAAAGCAGAUACGUACUCAGAACUAUUGGAUACAAAAACAGAUAUGUACUCAAAACCAAUGAAUACAACAGCAGAUAUAUCCUCAGAAGCUGAAACGAUAUCACCAGAUAUAGCACAACAAAUGACCCCAGAACCACAAAUGCCCGAAUUGAUCUCGCACCAUGAGAAAACAGCACCAAUCACCUGUCCAAGACCUGAAUCUUCAGCAUCAGUAACGGCAAUAGAAUCCGAAACAAUAGAUGCAACAGCAUCCUCUGAAUCGGAUAGGAAAUCAUGCAUAAAUGCAACACAAUCUGAAGAGAUUUCACUGGAAAUAGAACUUCUGACAUCGGACCAUGGAAUGCCUUCAGAACCUGAGGCAGAAUUAGGAAUAUCCCAUGAGACUGAGAGUAAAGAACUGAAGGUAACACAAGAAUCGUGUUUAACUCAACAGAACACGGCUCAACAUGUUAAUUCAGAAACUGACGUGAAGACGUUUGCCAAGAUGCCAUGUGAAUCUAAGGAUGCAGCACCAGAGACAUCUAUAUCAAGUGAGAAAGCACAAGAUACUCCACUAGCAAUACUUCAAGUGCCUUUAGAUGUGGGACAUGACAGCAUGCUAAUAGAAGACUGGGAUGAAGAACUGCCUGUUGAUGGUCUACAGAGAAGUAUUGAAGCAUGCAGUCCUUGUGGACCCAACAUCCCUACACAGAUAAUAAGUGUCAACUUUGGUCUGCUGCAUUCUGGAAUGGUAGUCAUGCCAGGCCGCAGGGACAAGAAAGGCCACGCAUUUGUAGUAAUGUACCUCAGGAAGCAGAAUUCUGGUUGCACAGCAGAUAACAUUGCCAAGUUGCUCAUGUAUUUACAUACCAUACCCAGGAAGGAAGUGGCCAGGAAGGGCUUCACUAUUGUGGUGGACAGCUCUGCUUGCAGCAAGACAGCAGCUGAGGUCUUCUGCCAGGCUCUCAUCACCCUCAACGCCAAUAUCAGCAACGCUGUAUACCAGGUGCUGGUUCUUGCGAAACCGGAGAAAUGUCACGACAGGCCGACCGUGUGGAAGAAUCACUUACAGUGUGAGGUGUUGACAGCAGAGGCGGAGCUGCAGAGCUACGUUGACAAGUCGUCGUUGCCGACCGACCUAGGCGGUACCUGCGGUCACAAUCACGAGGCAUGGAUCGCCUACAGACUAAAACUUGAGCCAUUCAUAGUGCAGUGUCAGUUGGUAGCUGUUCACUUGUUGAAUACCGCUGCAGAAUUACAGUAUAAACAGCAGCCAUCCAACGUAGAGGGCGCUGACCACAUGAUGGACUUGUACAGGCAUUUGAGGAAGACGACCAUGAGUGAUCCGCGCUACAGUAACCUGCAACAGGAAGGCGACAGACUCACUCGCGAGCUGGAGAAUGAUGAUAGACUAGCACCAGUGCGACACACUCCUGAUUACAGGGAGACGAUGUUCCGGGUGGGAGGAAUGUAUCGAGAGGUGCAGAAGACAAUGAUCAGGGUCGCGAGAUUCGCCGAGAAGCGCGUCAGUAAGCUGGACAAGUGGCGCCACGUUAGAACCUUUCAGACCGAAGUGAAACAGGUAUUUACAUGGAUUAGGAACAAGGGCACACCCACGCUGGACAAGUACCAGCACCUGGGAAGCAAUCUGAAAGAUGUAAGAGUCCAGGAGAGAGACUUUGAGAAAUUCUACUUUGCAGCUGUUAAGCAGAUAGAGAAGGGCAAGUCGCUGGUGCAGGAGAGCGCUGCGCUCGUACGCGACCUCUCUCGGCAGCGUGAGGUGGCAGAGAGCGUCGAGGAGCUGGCGCGCUGCCUGCAGCAGGAGCUGGCAGCGUUCUGCCUACAGCUGGAGCAGACGAGAGAGAGGACGGAGGACACGGCCGACUGCUACAAGAUCCUCGAUCAGUCGUACGAAUGGGCAGUCAACAUGAUGAAAUACCUGGCAAGGAUGCGGAUAGAAGAGGCAUCAAAUGAUGCUGAUUUAUGCAAGCUCAGUACAAGUCUCAAGUCAUACCUGGAGGAGCACCCGGCCAUCAGCGCCGACACGUUUGACCGCGUGACGCAUCUCGCGGGCAAGCUGGGCAACGACAAACUGCAGGAGCAGUGCAGGGUCGCGCGGGCGCGCUGCACUGAGACACAGCAGCUCAUCGGCAUGAGACAGGCGCAGGCAGACGGCGGGAAUGCACGCAAGCAGAUGAACGCAAACGCGCAACCGGACGCCGCUGCGCACAUAGAUGGCGCUGUUGCACGCGUAGAUGGCGCCGCUGUGCAUGUAGAUGGUGCUGCUGUGCGUGUUGACGGCGCCGGCAUGUGCAUAGAUGGCGCCACCGUGCCGGACCUGCGGCCGCCGCUGCUGCUGGCGAGCCGCAGCGUCGACGACUCGACGGUCGCCGCGGCGACGACGUUCGAGCGUCUGACGCACCGCCGCAAGUCGUUUGGCGGCGUGCCGUCGCAGCGACUCGUGGCGCCCCCUCCGCCGCCGUGCGGGCCGCGUGCCGCCGCCGCGCCGUGGGAGGAGGGAAUCUCCGAGAUCGAGGAGGAGCUGUUCAACGAGGGGCUCAUAACGGAGGACCUCCCGGUCGUGACGACCGAGAUACCGGCGAGCGCGCUUGCGUUGCGCCGCGGCCGACGUCACGGGGUCACGACCCCGCCGCCGGCGCCGAUCCGGCGAUGCGACGCGCUUCCGGGUCGGGUUGCGUGGGACGGGGCGUCGGGCGCGGUGCCGCCUCCAGAUUUCGCUGACGCGGAGGUGUUCCACUCUCGGAGCUUCACGGAAGGUAUGAUGCCCCCUGCACCCGCCGACCCCGGCACGAGCGUGCACAACCUGUCGUGGCAGGAGCCCGGCUCUGUCACGCCCGACACGCAGCGGCGGCACGUCAACCUUCUCACGUCGCAUUCCAUCUCCGACUUCCGGCCGCCCGGCGCCGCCCGCGCCUCGAGAAAUCUACAAAUGACAAUCUCAGAGAUGGUUCAGACAGAGAAGGACUACGCACAGGCCCUGCUGUACAUUAUAGAUAACUACUUCCAAGAGAUGCUUCGCGACGACCUGCCGCAGGAGCUGCGCGGCAAACAUGGCGCCAUAUUCGGCAACAUCGAGAAGAUCUACGAGUUCCACAGCCAGCACUUCCUCGGCGAACUGCAGACGUUCCGCGACACGCCGUUCCACGUCGGUCAGAUCUUCCUGCGAUACGAGAACCAGUUUUACUUGUAUGCGCAUUACAACAAGAACAAGCCCAAGUCGGAUGAACUGCUCACCCAGUACGGAGCAACGUUCUUCAAGCUAAAGCAGAGAGAGUUGGGCGACAAGAUGGAUCUUGCCAGCUACCUGCUGAAGCCAGUGCAGCGGAUUGGCAAAUACGCACUGCUGCUGAAGCAGAUCCUGCAGGAAUGCCCCGUCAAUGACGUCUACUACCAGGAGCUGAAGACGGCUGAGGAGAUGGUGAAGUUCCAGCUUCGCCACGGCAACGACUUGCUGGCGAUGGACGCGAUCCGUGACGCGGACGUGAACGUCAGCGAGCAGGGUCAGCUGCUGCGGCAGGACGAGUUCAUCGUGUGGCGCGGACGCCGCAAGUGCCUUCGCCACGUCUUCCUCUUUGAGGACCUCAUACUGUUCAGCAAGACGCGCAAGAGUAUCAGUAAGGGCAGCCAGGAGCUCUACCAUUACAAGCACAGCAUCAAGAUGGCAGACAUCGGUCUCACGGAAAAUCUCGGCGACUCUCUCACCAAGUUUGAGAUCUGGUUCCGUCGCAGAAAGUCUGGUGAAGCGUAUGCGCUGCAGGCGUCGGACGUGGAGACGAAGCAGGCGUGGGCGCGCGACGUGUCCAUGGUACUGUGGAGGCAGGCACGCUGGAGCCGCAACCUGCGGCUGCACGAGAUGUCGUCGAUGGGCCUUGGCAGCAGGAGGAUGAUGGACCUGAAGCCCAGCAGCAACCGCAUCCACGACCGCGCCAUCAACAUCUCACACAUGCCGAGCCUGCAGUACGCCGCUCGAACGCGAAACUCGAUCUCCGUAUCAUCGUUCGAGAACAAUCGGCCCGGCUCGGUCAUCUCCGUCUGCUCCUCCUCCUCGUCCAAUAGCAGCCACUCGGGAGCCUCUCUGGCCACCAACUGCCACCUGGUUGACGGAAGUGUUAGCCAAUCGGACGUGAUGCGGCAGAGCGUGCUCGGCGAUGCGCCGCGCGCGACCCAUGUCGUGUCGCGACGCGUCAGCGUGCCCUCCUCACUAGAGAGCGGCAUCGUCGCGGACCACUGUCCGAGCGAACUUUCCUCCGACGCCUCGUCGGGCGUGCACAGUUCUGAAACAUCCGACCAUUCGCUGCCAGGUGGCACCAUCAACACGGACGCGGCGUGCGAGCGCACGGCGCUCUCGCGCCUCGAGUGCAUGGUCGAUUGUAACGAGGCGCCUGCAGCGAUUUACUUGUGUGACGAUGACAACGCUGGCAAGCAGCCGGCAACGGACACGAACGCUCACGUGCUGCCACCUAGUGUGGCAAUGCUCGCCGCCUCUCCCUCGUACGCUUCUCCCAGCGCUAAAUCGAUCGGUGACGUCGUCGGAGAAGAGAACGCCGCGGCGCAAAUAGUGACGGACGAUGGUGGCGUGGUGUCGCCAUCUGGGGACGAACCGAGAGACACAUCGCCGACAACGAAAUACGUGCCGUGCAGUGCCGACUGUGGAUGCAGCGGGUCGUGUACGAUUCCUAUGACAGAGUUAUAGGAGAUCGACAGGAGAUAGGGGCGUGGCAGCUAGCUCACUCACUCACUGUGCUGCCUUCUGCUACUGCAUCUACACAAGUCGUCGUGGCGGUUAAAGACGCACUGCUGAAUACAGAAGAGGCAAACUUUUCUCACAGCUGUGCCCAUAAUUUGACUCGAUAUGUAGCCACGAUACUUCUCUAAACUGUGCGCUCCAGCCUAUUUUAGAUACGAUGGAGGCGUGCAGAUUUUUUAGCUGUAGUUGCAGGAGAGAGAGAGAGAGUGAGACAGUUAAUACAGUAUAUAAAUGAGAUUCUCAAUCCGUCACUGCCAGAAUCCAUGUGCCAUUGUCACAUUUAUGUUUUUGCAUUUGAUGCUGCAUGGGUUAUUUAGGAUAAUGGCUUCCAUUACUGUGGCACAAUUAUGAAUCCAUGCUACUCAUUGUAGGCCUAUGUUCUAUCGAGACUGGUUUUGGAACGUGUAUGCCAUUUAGGAAUAACUUCUCAUUUGCUGUGUCAAGGCUGUAUGUUAGGUUUCUGAUUGUCAUGCACCGAUGUAGAUCAGCAUAUUUUGACUGUAAUAGAUAUUUUUUAGUUUGUGAAACGAGAAUAGAGAGGUUUUCUCACUGACAUCUGAGAGUGUUGGCGUGCUAGAAAUGUGUGGUAGAAAAAUGCUAUCAUCUAUACAAGUAAUCAAAAUGCAGUUUAAACCUUUGUAAAUACUUUAGUGUGAUCCUAUUUAUGUUGCUACAGUUUUUUACGUUAGUCAGUUUUUCCCGUCAAAUCAUGAUGAAAUGUGAUAGCGAGUGAUUUCAAUACAUUGCCCCAGUAGGUGUUUUUUAGAAGAUUUAGUUUACUUAGUUCUCGUUUUUAUUUAUUUUUAUUGGAAGGUUUAUUCACAGUUUUGUGUGUGAACUGUUCUGAUUGUAGCUGCAAGCAUACACGUUUCGCCUUCCCAUGUUACAAGCCAGCUAGUCCACGAUUCAUCAACGCUAUGAUAAUUUAUUGUAAGUUUAGUUACUUAGGUUUCUUAAUCAUCUUAACACGUUUUACGUUACAAGUUUAACGUUCCUUCUCAGUAAAACUUGACCCAACGGAAGUACUACGUUGUGGCAAUGUCGUUAGUAAAGCCACGUUUAUAUUUGUAUCAAUGUUGUUAAUGUUUGUAAUACAGUUUUACUACACUUUAAA